AUUUGCAUUUUAUUUAUUUAUCUUUUUUUUUGUUCGUGCCGGUUCCACGCACAGUCAGCCUCGGAGGAGGCGGGGAGGGAGGCGGGGAGCGGCGGGAGCUUUAGCCGAUGGCAGUGGCUGCUGCCCGGCAGCGGAUGCCAACGGCAGCCGGGCGAUGGCGAGGAGCCGGGCGGCGUACGAGUACACGGAGGCGGAGGACAAGAGCAUGCGGCUGGGUUUCCUCCUCAUCGCCGCCGGCUUGCUUUCGCUCUUGGGUCUGGGCUGUUGCUGGCUUCGCCCGGCGCUGCAGGAGCGGGGCGGCGGCGGCUCCGCCAACUGCACGGUGCUGGCGGUGCGGCAGCUGGGGGAGCGCUUCGCCUGCACCUUCUCCUGCGGGGCCGCCUGCCGCGGCACCGCCCGCUACCCCUGCCUGCAGGUGCUGGUCCGCACCUCCCGCUCCUCCGCGCCCGCCCUGCUCCAUGAGGACGAGCGGCAGCUGCGCACCAACCCCAAGUGUUCGUACAUCCCUCCCUGUGCAAGAGAUGAUCAGGAGAACUCUGAGAACGUCACGUACAAGCAGAAAUACUGGAAAGAGAAAGUGGGUUCUCAACCAUUUACAUGCUAUUUUAACCAGCACUUGAGGCCAGAUGAUGUGAUGCUGAAGCGCACCCAUGAUGAGACUGUUCUCUUGCACUGCUUCCUCUGGCCCGUGGUGACUUUCCUGGUUGGAGUCCUCAUCGUGAUCCUGACCAUCUGUGCCAAGAGCUUGGCUGUCAGGGCAGAGGCAAUAAAAAAGAAGAAGCAUUUGUGAGUGGCAAGGCUGCUCAUGGAAAAGAAAAACCUGCAAGAAGGUCUCGGGCAGGGCAACCUGACACACCUGCAGGUCUGCGGGAGCACCCGGCUGCAUCUCCUCCCAGGGUCUGAUCUCUGGUGGAGUUGCUCUUGUCUCAGGAUUGUUCUUGGGAGACUGCCCCAUGAAAUGCCAGCUAAUUGCUUCUUCUGCUAUAGCACUACAUAAGUAUAUUCUACCAAAAAAAAGAGAAAAUCUACACUGCACCAAACAUGCUGUGUGUUGUUAGUGCUGAAGAGCAGCCACCCAGAAUUGAGGGAGUUAUAAAACUCCAUGAUGAGUAAUCUUUGGUAAUGUUUAAUACUGAAUAUUUAAAACAUUUACUUUAGAUAGAACGUAUUUCCAAAAUAAGAAAAUUUUAUUGUUUUGGAGGUUUUAACUUUUGGAGGGUUUCUUUUGUUUUCUUUUUUUUUAUUAUUUUUCUUUUUAUUUUUAGCUUUAAGGCAAGCCUAAUGUUGUGCUGAUUUGGUUUUUUUUCCUACUGUGUAGAACUUAAUUUUAAAAUUCAAACUUUACCUUCUGUCUAGACAAAAUCUUUCAUCGUCACCCAUUCACUGUGAUGAAAUGUAGAAAUCUCUCAGAAAUACUUCUAAAAAAAAUGAAACAGUUAUUGGAAAAGAUGAUUAAAUGCUGGAUCUAACUUUGUUGCCUCAGUGGUAUUCAGUCCCUACAGUUUCUCUUGUCCCCUCUCAAUACCCUCUUCACGAAUGCUCCAGGCUGUGAGGAGCAGGGGUUUUACAGUAAUGGUUCUACAUGAGUGUGUUCACCAUCUUCUUGCCCCAGUAGUGGAGUGUCUGAGUGCUUGCUGAGGAGAGCCUGUGUGUUACUGGUGUGACUCACACCACCAGAGAAGGACAUCAGCUCCUUGUAGGGCUGUUUGCUGCUGAGCUGCCUAUCCCAGUCACACCAGCUCCAUGAAGGCCCCCUCCUAGGGGAUGCGCCAGAAAGGACAGGGCAGUGUGUGCAUGGAAUCUUGCAUGGAAUCUUGCUGGGUGUGCUUUCUCUGCUUGCCCCAGCUCCUUGCUG